GAGAAAUGGUGAUGGCCUCACUGGCCUGGUAGGACAUAGUCCAGAGUAUCAUACUUAUUAUCUGUCUUUCAAGAUUUUUUCAUAUUAACUUCCCUUUACUGUCAGUACGGCAUGUAUUAAUUAGUUGGGGCAACAUGAAGUCUCCUUCACUAGAAUUUUGUUCUGACAAUAACUUGCAAGACACAACCAUGUGAUAUUUGCUACUCUCUGUCUCCUUCCCAACCCCACCAAUACACCACAACCAUUCCUCACAUUUGCUCAUCAGAUUUUUUCGCAUACUCUUGCAUCUAUAUAUACAUAUGUAUCAACCCUAGCUAAUCCAGCAAAAAUCAAAACCUAAAGUCUCAUUUUCUUACUUGUAAAGCAAGUUUUCUUAUUAUUUUUGCUAUCUUUAACCGAAAAUGGCUAUUCGUUUUCCUGCAAUUUCACUUGCUAAACAAAUUCUUCGCCGAUCAAAUUUGGUGGCGAAUCAAGUAGCUAAAGAUGUUCCGAAAGGGUACUUAGCAGUAUAUGUUGGAGUAAGCCAAAAGAAGAGAUUCGUAGUUCCAAUUUCUGUGUUGAAUCAGCCUUCUUUUCAAGAGUUGCUAAGAAAAUCUGAGGAAGAAUUUGGAUUUAGUCAUCCAAUGGGUGGUAUUACAAUUCCUUGUCGAGAAGAUGUUUUCGUGGAUCUUACUUCACGUUUGAGUUGAUUAUCCAUGAUGCGUAUUUAAAUCAUCAUAACACAGUUUUGUAGGUUUUAUUUUUUCUAUCUUUGGAUGGAGAUAAUGUAUUUGUAAAUUUUUUGCUACUUAUUUCCAACGACAUUAAUCAAAGAUAAUUGUUUCACUCAAUUAUUCAUUACUAAAUUCUGUAUGGGCAGUGCUAAAUGGCCCGAAAAAUAUGGACACAAAAUGGCCAGAAUAUUAAUUCUAUUUGCAAAUAA